UUGCUGUCCAAUCGGACGAGCUCAAAAGGCUGGCAAGGGUAACCUGUCAUGGGCCAUUCCUGGCAGCACACAGAACCUUGAAACGGUUAGUCAUCGUCGAGGUUGGUUUCUCAAGGUUCGGCUGGAAAACUCGAUAAGAAUAAAUGAUUGUGGAGGAUCUUAAGAAUCCGAAUAUUGGAUGUUCCAUUUCCCAGCUGUUUGGAGUCUUCUAUCAUUUGAGGAACAGCGAGUAUGAGAAAUCCGGACCCAGGCUAGGCUGGAUUAGCAUAAAACUAUGGAAAGCCGUUGAGUGGUUUCCUCAUAUAGAGGGGAAGGCGGAUUACAAUCGCAUGCCCCGUCGUUAACAAUAACGUCUGAUUGUCGGGAGGGAAAAGGAGAUAUCCGUGAAAUUGGAAAACGAAUGAAGAUAAAGAAAAAGAAAAGAAGAAGAAAAGAAGAAGGAAGAAAAGACGAGGUCGACCAUCGCGAAGUCACGGGACCAGAGCAUCUCCACCUUUUAGCGCACAUCAACGCAUUGCAACAUCUAUCGCAAUGAGACACAGGCAGGCAUGUCUAGAUACUUGCCUGGAGAUACAAUUCGUUCUUUACUUGCUUAAUUGCAAUUUGUAUUCGAUAUAUUGAUUUUGUAUAUGCAUGACUACAUCUGAACCAUCUUGGUGUGGCUCUUUUCGUUGGCUCCCUCACUUUAUUUAUCCCCCCACCAAGGUAGCUUGCAUCUAGCAUUGCAGUAUCAAUCCUAUGUCUACCUUAAGUAGGGAUCUUGAGAAGUUUGCUUCUGUGGACAAUGGCGACAAAAAGUGCAGCGCGUUAAGCCUUGUGGAUGAGAAGCCCUGUGAGGCUCUUGCAACGUCCUCUAAUGGCCUGUUUUGUCCCUUUCACUCUAGACAGUGUCAUGGCCUCUAUAUGGGUUAUAAAACUAGAAACGCGAAGUUGGAUGAGCUUCGUUCCUGUCCGCCUGAACAACUGGCUAAAAGAUCGGCCAAACUUGCCAAUGACUUCUUUGACGACCUUGGGAAUGAAAGUGCACUUUCAGAAAUCCAUGACCACCUGCUACAGACAUAUCGUUUGCUUGACCGUGUCAUCAAAGCCCGAAAACUCCAUCAUGGCCAUUUCUACGCCCAGGCCAUGGACUACGGCCACCAGAAAUAUCUAGACGCUCUUUUACAGCAAAAGGUAACUGUUGCCACGGCCUUGGAACGAGUCACUCGCCGAACCGCAGAGGUACUGUAUAAGAAACGCAAGUGGUUCCAAUGGACAACCAAAUGCCAGGAAGAGGAAGAAAAAAUGCGCGAGAAUGAGAAGAAGAAAAUUAAAAGAGAGGCCGCACUCUUUAGGAGACAGGUGAAGGAAGUUGACCGGCGUAUGCGUGAACUACGUAUAAAAGAACAGAAGAAACAACAGGAUGACUUUCUUCAAAAGGUGUACGAGGAGCGAGUUGCACAAGACGCAGAAUCCUGGGACCCGAUUGAAGAUGUGCUCGACAACGAGCGUGGCACUUAUAUUAGUUUGAUCGAGCACUUCCUUUGGCUAAUAGACACGCACCCAGAGGAAACUGGUGCGGGGGAUUGCGCCGUGCCACAGCAACUGGAUAAUAACUAUGAUACCCACAGUACGGAUACAGUGUUACUUUCCACCCAAGAAGACGACGCAGCAGCUACACAGAAAAUGCCUCCUACUGCCGCUUCUAAAAAUAAGAGGAAAGGCAAAAAGGGCAAGGGUAAUCAUCCAACUGCUGCGGAGGUGGAAACGAGGUUGGCGACUGGCCAAAAAUGUACUGGAAACUCUGAUUCAAACAUCGAAAAUAUCGAAAGCCGUGAACAGAUGGGCGCCCGACUUACUGAAGGAAUGAAACUUGAUGGUGCUGUUUUUCUGAUGAAGGGCACGCCUGAAAAUCCGGAAGUCACGUCGGAUCGGAUCUGUCCUAUCCCAGCUGAUGAAGUUGACCACCUAUUGGAUGAUAUAGCGGAGAUUAAGAACUACCUUUUUUGCCGAUUGUUGCUGGGGAAUGCUGCUCUCCUGCCAGCUGCUCUACGCUCCUCUACAAUUAACGACUUCUUUAAUGAUCCUGACGUGACCGUAAACGGCCUGAGGGAUAUAUGUUUGAAACUGGAGCAGCCAGAGCUACAAGAUAUUCGUGAUGCGUGUGCGGAUUUCGCUCGCGGUGACACUGAUAGUGCAGAGUUUUCCGAUUUUGAUGAAGAAGAGGAGCCGGAACCGGAGUCGGAUGACGAUGAUACUGACGAUGAUUGGGUUGUUCGCCGCUCGCAUCGACGGCAUAAUAUCCCUGAUAAAUGGCAAUCAAAGCGAGAGAAGAAAAUAUCCGCGAAGCGAGAGAGGCGGAAGAAAACCCUGGAUGCAGGUGGUGCAGGAGAGGGACAGGGCUCAGCAAUUGACUUUGGGCAAUUGGAUAGUGAGGACAGUCGUAUUCAACAGAAAAUUCGAGUCAAACUCUGCGGCCGGCAUAUUUACAACUACCCUAGCACUAAGUCCAUGUCCCGCGGGGGCUGGUUGCAUUUUAGCAUCAUCGCAAAAGAUUGCAAUUUCUUCAGAGCCGUGGAACUUUGCAAAUCAUGGGAAGAGUUCUUUGAACUGAAUAUCCUGGCUAGCUAUAACUACUUCCCGUCACCGUCAUGGUUACUAUCUACGAGCCAUGCCAUGCAUAGCGCCCUUCUCAAAAUGGGUUUCAUACCAUUUUACAUGGAAUCCAAGGCAAGUUCACUGACAAUAGGCGAGGAAAGGAGCAUAGGCCGCCGCAGGAACCAUGUUGUUCGGGAGGGGAGAAAUUACAUAUGCGCUCAGAUGAAACGUAGCAACCCUGUCACUCGCAGGUGUCUUCAAUAUGUAUCAAUGCAAGCCUCCCGCAUGAUGCUCGUCGUCCGGGAUGGUAAAACUGGCAAAAUACUCGUGAAGCCCCCAGACGACAAUGCCUGGCUCUUCCGCGAAAAGAUUGGCCAUAGGCGGGGUUCUCAGGCUCCAUGGAAUGUAAUUAAGCGAGUUGAUGAGGCGUUCUUCAACGAGAUGGAGCGUCGACGGGCCUUUCGGCUUGGCUUUGAUGAUUUUUACGACGUAUACAUCUGGAGUUCCACAUGCGGAGAGCCGUUUGAGGCAUUGUACGGCGGCAUAAUUGAGAUGUUAUACAAAUCCCACCGCGUUACUCGGCCAGCUCAAAUUCUCGGGGCUUCCGCGCCCUAUUUGAAAACAGUUACCAAGGACCCUAAAACUUAUCGGAUCCGAGAUAUCAAGCCUGGAGAGCAGGCUGAAAGUGUCCAUGAUGCGUAUGAGAGAGAGGAUACAAUAUUUCGAUUCCGCACUUCUAAAGGUAAAGUCGGAACAGGCUUGCCGAGCCAGAUGAAAUAUAAUGAAGCCGACGCAUUGGAGGACGCUAUCCUUUUCCCUGAAGAGUUCACGGGCGAGGCAACGUCGAAUCGCAUGAGGGCGAUGAGAAACAACUUAACAGAUUUCGAACAAGGGCGAAUCAAGAAUUAUGUUAAACGUUUCGCCUAUGAUCUCGAGAGUGAUGAAUAUAAUUCCGAGGAUUUUAACUCUGAUGAGUAUUAUUCUGACGAUGAGGAGGACGAGUGGGUGGGUUCUGAAAUUUCGGAUAGUAGCUUAAAUCAAAGUGGGCAGAGUAAGCUGGAGGAAUCGGAUAAAGAUACAGCUAAAGCUAAAGGUGGACACGAGGAGAGCGAGGACGGUGGUGACGUACCAGACUCGAACCCGUCAAGUGAAAUUGUGGACGAUUUCUUCAGAGCACUUGAAAAGGCAGACGACCUCCUGGAAACAUUCGGACCCGGGCCAGAAGAUGGCAACGACAUGCGACUUGAAUUUAUGGAAUUUCUGGAGCGCCAGAAAGCCAAAAUUUUCAAGGAAGCCUGGCACCGGGCGGAUCUGGAGCCACAUGGCUUUUCCCAGUGGAACGAGCUCCUCCAGAUCCGUUCCAAAUGUGAUACAAAUAUCUCCUACAUGACAGCAACAGUAGCAAACUGGUGGAAACCGCUGGUAUUUCUGGACUACCACCCAGGCACUCAUUCGAGGGUACAAGCAGAUGCGCGAUAUGCAUCCUUAAUGAGUUCAUUAUUUUUCCAAGCCGGAAAUGUUUUCUUUGACAACGGUCCGGAAGGGGACGAGCUUAGAAAGUCGAUGCUUUUCAGGCAGGCGGAACGCGGCCAAACACUUCCAGAUAGGAGAGGUUAUCGCUGUCCCACCUCCAGAGGCAAUAAGUUCUUUGAGGAGUUUGAUGAACUUGCGGGGAAAUGCCAGAAAAAUCAGACGCACCUCUUAGAUGAGACCCCCCCGUAGUGGGACGUAGCGCUCCGGCCCAAUAUUGCCCACUUGUUCAAGGAGGGCGUCAUCUGCCUAUGCUAUGAACCGGUAGACCAGAUCCCAGGGCAAGCAUUCGCUGCUCGUGAAAUGGACCGGCCUCUCGACCUCUUCAUCGACUUCCGCAAUAUGUUGCAUGAAAUCCACAUGCCUCCUGGGCGCGAAGAUCCGGCCAAAAUCUCAAUCCCUUUCCUACGUAACAAGAUUAAAUCCCACGCCGCUCGCCAACCAAACGCGCGCUUCUCCUUUCUCAGAGUGUGGUCUGGCUCGCACUUCUACCCACUGAUGAUUGGCUAUGAUAACCGUCUCUGGACCUCGUUCAUCGAUGAGAUAGGACGAGCAUGGUCGUGGCGCUUCAUUCCGAAGGACAUGCCGUUCUCUGACUGGAGCAUGCAUCACAACCUCCAGCAGCGGCUUGAGCCCUACAAGAAAGUUUUGCGCGACAAGGUUGUGAUCAAACGAGAUAUGGUCCUUAUACUUGCGGAAGAUGAGGAGGAGCUUCUCCUGCUGACCUCGGCAGUAACGUUUGCCAUCCAGACCCAGCCUUGGAGACUCGAGGUGGAUUAUUGGAAGAGCUUCAUCAAUGUUGAGAGUGCGUUUUUGGAUGGACUGCAGGAUGGGUGGUAUGAUUGAUUUGAUGGGUGCUUUUGCUCAACCCUCUCCGUUUUUGUUUUGGGUUUUCAGUUGAUAUUCGUCGUGCUUGUCUAAAUGAUAGAAAGAUAUAUGCCACUUGAUUGCUGAUCCCUCUGGAGGAGCCUAGAUAUAACCAUAUUUUUAGUUAGAGGAUCUGCUAGAUUGGAUGAUCAUUGGUAGACAGGUCCAGUUAGUUUGGAUCUUACUUCAACUUGAUUGAGCUGAUGCAAGUUACGGUUUUUAUUAUCGAUGGGCUGAAGAGGCCCUUCGCCUUCCCCUGGCGAAACAAAUCAUUACAGAAACGUCUUUUAAGAGUAGCGAACACCAAAAGAUUUAGUUUAACGAGGUCUAUUUUACAAGUGGGUCUAUAUACAUACAUAUUACCAACCAAAACGGCAAAGUAUUCCAACAACACUAAUACGCACCGCAUCAAUUACUACUAGCCGAAGCUACACCAGUAGUCUCAUGGGGCUCCCCCAGCAGUUCCUCCAUAGCAUCGACGCACCGCUGGCACAGCGGAUCAUCCUGCUUAGGCUCCAAGGGCACUUGGUAUCGCCAGCAUCGCCCACAUUUAAUCGCUUGAGGGGUAUAUAUCCAAACACGCCCACGCUGACUGCUCCCAGGGAACUCGAAGUUUGAGUUGUAUUUCCACUCAGCAUAUUCAAUUUCAGGUGGGGGUGCUGCAUCAUUGUACCCGACUGUGACAGAGGAAACGACGAAGAGGUCUUGUAAUUCAUCGCCGAAUUGUUCAAAAAUUGGCGCCUGGGUAGCACUACAGGGGACGGAAAUGUGGAUGAAUGACUGUAGUGAGGAGCCCAUUUCCUUUUUAUUGCGUGCGUUUUCUUGCAUGGUUUUAACUGCUGUGUUGAUAGCCAUCAGUAACGGGAAACUUUCUUCCAAUUUGUCAUUUUGCCACUCUGGCGAGGGUUUGGUCAUGACGCGCUGUAAAGGUGGUGCGAAUUUGGUUUUUAUGGUUUCCGGCGUGUGCUCCCAUGAUUCUUCGACGAGGAGGGGCACCAAAGGCGCCAGCAAGUUUUGGAAAUGGUAGUAUAUGUGGCAGAGUGUUGUCUGGGCGGCUCUCCUGCUCAGACUAU